AUGGCGGUCUCUAUAUUCCAGCGGAAGUGUGAUCUGAUCUAUCUCGUCUUCUUCAUCGUGCACUUGCCAGUAAUGCUAGCAUUCGACCUCACAGCCUACUACCCAAUCCAAAUCAAACCCCUCUGGAUGUCCUCUCUACGCGACUGGUACAUAGCUACAUAUGGCGACCGUUUCUUCUAUAACGCUCCAGCCUGGUUCCCCGUUCUAACUUUCCUUGAACUUGUCUAUCAUCUUCCCGUAACUAUAUGGGCCAUUCCCGCCUUGUUGCGCAACGAUCCACGCGUCCCUCUUGCCCUGCUGGUCUUCGGUAUGGAGACCAGUUUGACGACGUUGGUCUGUUUGGCAGAAAUGCUGAGUUGGAAUGAGUUGACGUCGGCACAGAGGGGUGUGCAGGGACUGGGUGGUAUGUACGGGGGUUACCUGGCUGCCGGUAUCUUCAUGACUCUAGACUGCUAUGCCAGGCUGGAUCAGACGAUCGCAAAACUACACCGAGGACUAAAACCGGUGACAAAGAAGGAGCUGUGA